AUGCUUCCAGAUGUGCUUGACUGGCAAAGGGUGUCGAUCGCGGACAAUAUCAUCACUCAAACCACAACGAAUGCGGUCAGGCCCGCUGAUUGCGAAGAACCCGCACCAUCGCCUUGCUCGCGAGAAGGUCGCCACUUGAGUUGGGAAGACAAACAUGGUAGCUCAGACUCUGGAUUCCAUAUUUCCAACCAGCUAAUAUAUUGGUUGCCACCGAGUUGCAAUGCCUCUCCCAUGAACUCCAGCACUCUAAGAGAAAAGGACCCUGGCUGGGCAGAAGAGGUGGCAGCCAGGGAUGGGAACACGAGGAUGGGGAACGGCCCAUGGCUGCAGAAACGGCGUCCCGAGGCGCCGCACGAAUUAAGGAAGAAGUCGGCCACAUCUAUUUCAUCGGCCUCCCCACGGCGUGAUUCUGGCCCGAGACGAGACGACGUCCUCCAUCCUGCCCCGGAAGAGAGUCUCACCACGCACACGAUGAUGAACGGCAUUCAUCAUUUACGAUCCGGGACAGGACAGGGUAGACGUGGCCGCGUAUCAGCGGCUGCAACGAUACCAGGUGUUCUCCUGCGGCAGAGCUACGGUGUCAGUGUACUCGGCCUGGUGGUAAUCUCUACGAUCUGGAAUUAUUGGAACGUGCAUGACGACGAUGCCUCGUCAUGUGUCACAGGUCACCUGCCUCCCUUGGAUCAGGGGUUCUUUCCCGUGAGUAUGCUUGCCUCCUCUUCGAUGCACUCCAUCAAUCAGGCUCGCACAGAACCCUUAUCUUAG